AUGAGUCAAAUGCCUGACAAGAACAACCCUGGGCUGCAGCGUAAGCCACGGCUGAAGAUGCCUCCAGGUAACGACUUCCAACAUGAGUCUCCAUCUCAAGUCACAAAACCACUGUCACAGCUAGGGCCUGGUUCAUUCCUACCACCUGCAAUGCGGCAGGUCUUCCGAGGAUCUGUUCGUGGCCGUGGCGUUGCGACUCCUGCAAACAUGCACAGCCGUUUUCCAAUUUCAAUCGAACGCUUGCCUCAAUCAUUGUUAGAAAAGAGGCAGCCUCAUAAUGUCCCCCAAACACCUGCAUCAAAUCUUCCGGCCGGUAUCUCACGAGCGAGACAGACGUGGUUUCCUAGUCUGAACCCAAAUGACGGCACUCAUCACCAAGGUCAAUCAGGUCGGCAAGCCACUCAAUUCCCCAGCCUGCAGUCCCAACCACAUUGGCAUUCGCAACAAAGUCGGCAGCACAAUCCUCAGCACAGCCAUCAAGUUCCACAUGGUGUUCAAAUAGAUGAUCGAUAUUAUAUCGACCAAGACGAAAGGUCAUAUGGUCAGGGCUAUGUUUACCAGAUAGAUGACAGGUCGUAUAUGUCACCAUAUUUUCAGCAGCCACCGGAGCUUAGAGAACAGUUUUCGCUAUAUCCUGAACAGCAAACGCCAGAGGGUUCUGUACCUCAAUCGGACAAUUACGUUCAAUCUCAACCGAACAUUUCAGAUGCUGGGACACAGCUGAAGCCUGCGCAACUCGACGUCGAGAAAUUGGUGCCCCGUCGACCAGUCUUAUUUCCCGAUACAAGGAGAAAGAUGCAGCUAGAAGCACAAGAAGCAAAAAAGAAAGGUAUCGAGAGCCCGAUUGUCCGCCGCGUUGACCGUCCGGUACGGAAAGAUCCAGCGGAUCUCGAGCAUAUCUCCACAUCGGAAGAUAAGAAUGAUGAAGAAAAGAAAGAUGACGACGUAGCGAGCGAGGCGAACCCUUGUAAAACAAACGGCAACCCAAAAAGAAAGCGAAAUGCUGCAGCAAAGGUGAAUAGCAAACCGCCAAAGAAGCAUGCCAAGUCUACAACUAUUGAUAGAUCUAUUGCUAGUAUGGGAAGGAUUGCUAUCACGAAAGCAGACGAUCUAGCAUGGAAACUUGACUUUGCCCAGGAAUUCGCUUCUGUUAAGGUAUCAGAUUACGUCAAACAACCGACUAGUGCUCCUUACCCUGCUGAGUUAGGAGAUGAGAUAGAGAAGUUACUUGAUUCUGUGAUGCGAGCGGGUGAUGCGCAAUCCAUUACACAGCUGCAGGUUGAUGUAUUUCUGAAGAUGGUCUGUCAUGAUGAUCAACUCUGGACGCAAGUAGAGCAGAUGAUGGAUGGGUAUGAAAGAACGGAUGAGUGA